AUGGUCAUCGAAAAUAAAGAGAAAGAAGUUGAUCUCCUCAUGGACGGUCGCGUCAUGCAGGCUCCAUGGAAGUUGGAUUCUUUCUUACAAAGAUGCUUACUUCGCUACCACAUCAACGUGGUGACGGAACGCCACAACUUCAGGAGAAGAACUCAGCUACCGGGCGAGAGCAUUGACGAUUUUGUUUUGGCCUUAUGGGAGUUAUCCGCUUCAUGCAACUUUGGCGCCCAAACUGAAGACAACUUGCGAGACCAGUUUGUACAAGGAGUAUCUUCGCAGCAAAUACGUGGGAGGCUUCUCCUUGACGGAUCGGCUCUAACGUUUUCUCGUGCCGUGGACAUCGCCAAGCAUUGUAAAAGGGUAUCGGACGAAACCCAGUCCUUCGUACAUGGUGAUGUCGUUCAAGCCAUCGGCAAGGCUCCGGCGUCGAAGACCCGAGGGCGUGAAAGUAAAGGACAAACGCGCCAGCUGCAUCAUUCCCAGAACUCUCAGCGCAAGGACGGAGCGCAAAGACUACGCUGCUAUCGGUGCGGGUCAACGCAGCAUCUCGCAAAUGCUUCGAACUGUCCAGCGUUUCACAAGCGUUGCAACAACUGUGGCAAGGUUGGUCACUACGCCACGGUUUGUCGAGCGUUGAAGACACCGACGAAAGUACAGGAGCUUUCUACAGAGGAGGAUGAAGUUCUAAAUGUCGUGGUACCUUCAAAGGAAGGGCAAGGUCUCUUCAUCGAAGCGCGUCUUGAAACUGUACCGGUAAAGUUCUUAAUUGAUACGGGAUCGUCAGUAUCCAUUCUGCAAGAAGAUCUCUUCAGGAGACAUUUCGCUUAUCGUUUCACUUUGGUUCCACCACGUACUGCUUUAGUGGAUUACUCAAGACGGAAGAUUGAUGUAAAGGGGUGCUUUGAGGCUGCCGUUACUUACGAAGACCAGCACCAUGCUGUUCGCUUUUUCGUAGUUUCCAGAGGAACAACGUUAUUGGGACUUGACGCCAUCCAAGGACUCGGCAUACAUAUUGAAGGUGGAACACUCAGCUGCUAUGAAACGUCCUUCGCUUCAUCAAUGCUACCAGACUCACUUGCACAGGACUUUUCACAGCAAUUUUCAACAGAGCUGGGUUUGGCUAAGGGAUUUACCCACAAGGUGAAAGUUCGUCAAGAUGUCCCACCCGUAAUUGCUAAACUACGUCGACUGCCAUUGGCAGUUCGCGACGCUGUUACGGAAGAGCUGCGUCGCCUUGAAAAGGAAGACAUAAUAGAGCGGGUUGAGGCGUCAGAAUGGGUUUCCCCCAUUGUAGUAAUUCCAAAAAAGGAUGGAAAGAUUCGCCUUUGUGUGGACCUUCGUGAGGUGAACAAAGCCAUCAUACCAGACCUGUUCCCUCUUCCACAUACAGAAGAGCUGCUGAACGCGCUAGCAGGAGCUCAGCACUUCUCUCGGAUCGAUUUAACGUCAGCGUACCAUCAAGUCCUUCUGCAUCCUGAAAGUAGGAGCUUGACCACAUUUAUUACCCAUGAUGGACUCUACAGAUUCAAACGGGUCUGCUUCGGACUUUCAUCUGCGCCCGCCAUGUUUCAAAGAAUGAUGUCUUUGAUACUCAAGGAUUGCUCCGGAGUAUUAUGUUACAUCGACGACAUCAUUGUGUUUGGGAGACACAAAGCGGAACAUCAAGAAAAUCUUCGAAGAGUGCUCACCGUCAUUCGCUCAACCGGAUUGAAGCUCAAUGCAAAAUGUGUGUUCGAGACACAGGAGCUGGAAUUCUUAGGGCACCACGUAAGCACUCAUGGAUUACGUCCGCUUCGUUCUCAAGUGGAAGCAAUUACACAUGCACCAGCACCAAACGAUGUUGCUACCCUACGUUCGUUUUUGGGACUUGUAGGUUUUUACUCAAAGUUCGUCCCAAACUUUCCUACGCUCGUGGAGCCUAUGCGUGCCCUACUACGAAAAAAUCAACCCUUCCUGUGGACAGACAUUGUCAAUGACAGUUUCAAUGCUGUGAAGUCACUCUUCAGAGAAGACCGUGUCGUCCACCCGUUCGACCCUACACUACCAGUAAUCGUCACGACAGACGCUUCUUCGUACGGGUUAGGAGCUGUUCUGCAACAAGUGCAAGGCAAUAUGUAUCGGACAGUUGCUUUUGCUUCACGUACCCUUUCUUCGCAAGAGCGCAAGUAUGCUGUAGCGGAAAGAGAAGCGCUGGCAUGCCUAUGGGCGUGCGAGCACUGGCACGUCUACCUUUGGGGUCGUCCUUUUCUUAUUCGCACAGAUCACCAAGCCUUGGUGACAUUGCUAUCGGCACGCGGCACAGGAAGACGUCCACUGCGACUUAGUAGAUGGACAGAGCGCCUUCUUCGUUACAAUUUCACUGUCGAGUACUGCCGGGGUACCGACAACAAAAUAGCAGAUGCGCUGUCACGAUUGCCUCUGUCACACGAUGCCCAGACUGAAGAGCUUACUCAGGAAUACAGGACAGACUGGCCACUGCAACCCAUUCCGUUUCCGAGCAGGCCAUGGGAGGAGGUAGCUGUGGACAUAAUGGGCCCUUUUCAAAAAGCUCCUCCUGACUGCAGAUACGCCAUCGUGAUGGUGGACUAUUUUUCUAAAUGGCCAGAGGCCAAGUUCUGCGCGAAUGUGACAGCAUCAACAAUUUUGGACUUCCUGAGAUCAGUGUUUGCACGUGAAGGCUAUCCGGACAACCUGGUGUCCGAUCACGGACCCCAGUUCAUUUCACAUCAGUUUGAACAGUUCCUCAGGGAUAGAGCCAUUCAACAUUCAUUUUUAUCUCUGUAUUAUCCACGUGCAAACGGGCUUGUUGAAAGGUUUAAUAGAGUUCUGAAAAACUAUGUUCAAGCCACGUUCUUGGAAGGAAGACCACUGCGACAAACCGUCACCGAGUACCUGGGAGUGUACAGAUGUACCCCGCAUGCAACUAGCGGAAAAUCACCUGCUGAACUUUUACAUGGCAGGAAACCACGGACACGACUGGACAUCGUUGGGAUACCGUCAUCUUUACUUGAGGAUGAUCCUGCUGCAGCAAUGAACAAUCUACGUGAACGCGUGCGCAGGCAUCAGCAACAGAGCAAGACCUACACGGACCAGAAACGUAGUGCCAAAGCGCCAAAAUAUAAAGUAGGAGAUUACGUUCGGGUACGCAAACCAGGAUUCACUCCAAAAGGAAUGCCGUCAUUCUCCAAGCCACUCAAAAUCAUCCGACAAAAAGGGAGGUACUCGUUCCAACUAGCCGACGGCAACACAUGGAACGCAUCAAAGUUCGCACCAGCGGCUAUUCAACCAGCAAGCAGCAACCCCACACCUUCCACGGAAUCCUUCAGGCUGGAUUAUCCCACCUACAUUACUACGGGUAUGGAUGCCUCCGAUGUCCCUGUAUCCCAGUCACAACACGAGGCCAAUCAAGAAGCGGCACCACAAGUUUACCCCCCUGCUACUGGCAUCGGUGCGCCAACUGAUGUGCCAGGGGCAGGAUCACGUUUGCCUUCGAACGAAGGUGCAGGACAGCAGACACGUCUGCUGCCUCCGAGACAUAGACGUCCUCCAAAAAGAUACGGGGACCCCGUCGGUCAUUAA